AUGAUUGAUGAAAGUAGUAGUAGCAGUAGUAGCAACACUAAAAUUACAAGAUCCUACGAUGAGGACGAUCAAAAAGUAAUAGAAACAACUACCAUUACAAGUUUGGAAACUAGUACCCGCACAACCAGGUUGGAUAGGUUUGUGACAUUUGUAAAUAAUUCUGCACCCUAUCAAUAUGAAGUAUUGGCAGUUGUGUGUGGCAUAUUGGGAGUUAUUUUGUCCAUAUGUUCUGGAAGUUUAAAUCGAGAUUGGGUAGAGUUUCCAUCAACCAUUUCUACUCUAAAUAGUAAUUUUAAUCAAGCAUCGGGUAGAAUUUUCUUUGCUUCUCUACUAUCAGCAGGAAUAUGUUUUAUUAAAAGUGAUACAGUUAGAUAUAGUAGAUCAUGGUUACAAGCAAUUAAUUCAUCUUGUUAUAUUUCUAUCAUAGUAAUAGGAUUGAUUCCUACUGCUUCCUUUAAUGGAGGUAGAGAUAACUUAUUUUUGAUUGCUAUUCAUGGUACUGCAGCUGGGUAUCUAUUCUUUAUAUCACCGAUUAUAAAGUUCCUUGCUCUUUCUAUUGGUCAAAAUAGCAAGCCAAGAACACUGUCUACUGUUGCCAGACUUUUUCUAACUGCCGCUAGUAGUAUUUGCUUUGUUGGUUUUGUUAUUCUCCAAUCAAUCAUUUGGAGUCGAGGCUACACUGACAUGCUUACGACAAAAAGCUCAUCGUCAUCAGAUUCUGACCAUCCCUAUGCAAUUCCAAUCAAUAUUGCCAGCUUUACUUUGGAAGGUUUAUGUGCCAUAUUAGUUUUUGUAGAGUUGGUUAUAUCUACCAAAGACAAUGAAGUCAUCGAGUCUAGAAAAAAUCUUUUAUUCAACUAA